CGACUCGUUAACUAAAAAAAAUUUAAAUAAUCUCGAACCAUACUCGAACCUUAACGAGUUUGAGUCAGAGCCAAGCCAGACUGGUGACCAAUUUUUUUUUUUUUUAACACGUUCUGACUUUCAUCUCUCGACUCUUUUUAAACUGUCAACCCUAAUCUGUCCUACCAAUCGCUGCCGUGACGCCGCUCCCGCCGGUUUUAGCUCCACAGCCACAGCUGCCGGCGUCCCGAAACUCUGGUCCGACCUUCAGCCACAGCCCCAGUUUUUGUUAGGUGAUAUUUGAUAUUCUCGAAGGCGGUCCUGGCCCGUUUGACGGUGCUAGAAACACUGCAUAGUUGAGGCCAUGAAUACUGCUCCUGAAAAUGAUCGAAUUAGCGGAGAAUCCCCACAGCUGGUUGCUCUGUUGAAGGAAAUGAAGGGCGGUUUGGAUACUGUUAGGAUUAAAAUCCAGGCUUUAACUGAGAAAGUGAAAGCUGGUAAUUUCCCUACAUCAGAUGGGAUAAGCUAUCUUGAAGCCAAACACUUGCUGCUUCUAAAUUAUUGCCAGUCACUUGUCUAUCUUCUGCUGCGCAAGGCAAAAGGAUUAUCAAUUCAGCAGCAUCCAGUUGUUAGGAGUCUUGUUGAGACAAGAUUAUUCUUAGAGAAGAUUCGGCCUAUCGACCGAAAACUCCAAUAUCAAAUUCAAAAGCUGACGAGAUCCACAACUACAGUGGAGAAACCAGGCUCGAAUGAGAAGGUAGCAGAUGAAACUCCGAAUGCUGAGGACACGUUAAGACUUCGCCCGAAUCCUGACUUGCUUGUUAGCAAAACAAAUACAGAGAAAGAUGGUAGUGUAUAUCAACCCCCGAAAUUCGCACCCUCUUCUAUGGAUGAAGAUAAGAUGUCGAGACAGGAGAAAAAUGCUCGGAGAAGAGAGGAAGAAAUUAUACGACAAUCAAGGAAGAGUUCUUAUGUUCGGGAGCUAAUGGAUGAUCUUGAGGGAAAACCUGAAGAGGUCAGAGAAAAUCUAGGAUCUGACAGUAGAGAAGUUAUGAAUGCUAUUGCAAAGAUGGAGGAUCGUGCACGUCGAGAAGAGGAACUUUUCACCCGUGCUCCACUCACUAAAGUUGAGAAAAAGAAGAUUAAACAUUUGAAGAAAUCUAGAAAUGGGUUGCUUGGUUUGACUGAAAGUUUUUAUGACGAGAUUAAGACUUUACCGCUGGAGGGUGACAUGAAAGAGCAACCUACAACCAGCUUUGGCAAUGCUACUAGCUAUGCUGAUAGAAAAUUUAAGAAGCGCAAGAGAGAUAGAUGUUGGGACAUAAUUGGUACCAUAGCUUUGAGAUCACCUGAAAGGCUGAAAGAGAUAAACAUUGUCAAAGUUUUGGCACCUUUGACCAGAAUGAGGUCAUACGGCUUCAUUGCACAGCCACAUGCAGCUGUUUUCUACUCACAGAGAACAACAAAUGGCGGACUGUUAAUCUCUGAAGCCUCUGGAGUCUCACAAACAGCUCAAGGAUAUCCAAAUACCCCAGGCAUAUGGACUAAAGAACAAACUCAACUGCCGAAAAUUUUUCAACACCCCAUCGGCUCACAGCCCGCGAAAUCACGCAAGUCGUCGAUGAUUUUAGAUUGGCGGCCAAAAAUGCCAUCGAAGCAGGUUUUAUUUUAUUUUUUCGAAAUCGAAACAGGUUUUGAUGGGGUGGAGAUUCAUGCGGGCAACGGUUACCUCGUCGACCAAUUCCUCAAAGACCAAGUCAACGACAGAACUGACGAAUACGGAGGUUGCCUUAAAAAUCGAUGUCGUUUCGCUUUGGAGAUUGUCGAGGCCGUGUCGCGGGAGAUCGGGCCCCAUCGAGUUGGCAUUCGUUUAUCCCCUUACGCCGACUACAACGAGUGUGGGGACUCGGACCCCAACUCCUUGAGCUUACAAAUGGCCAAGGCCCUCAAUGAGUACGACAUUUUGUAUUGUCACGUGAUCGAGCCAAGAAUGGUGGGAGAGUUAGAGGAGGGGGAGACUCGAUGGAGUUUGUUGGGUAUGAAGAAAGCUUUUAAGGGGACUUUUAUUGUUGCGGGGGGUUAUGAUAGGGACCGGGGGAAUGAGGUAUUGAGACGAGGUGAAGCUGAUCUUGUCGCGUACGGUCGCCUGUUCCUGGCGAAUCCGGAUUUGUCGAGGAGAUUCGAGCUCGGUUCAAAUCUUAAUGCAUAUGAUAGGAGCACGUUCUACUCGAGUGAUCCUAUUAUCGGUUAUACAGACUACCCAUUUCUUGAUGAUGGACCUUAA